CUCAACUAAAGCUGUAACACAGUUAACUGAUAUUUAGUUAUGCUGCUGUGUCCGAUGAUAGAAAAUAAUAUAAUCAGACUGGAAAUCUAUCCACGUGUGUACAUAUUAGCCUUGAUUUUCGAGGCAAAUUGAAAGUCCUCCUCAGAAUCAAUGAGGGUCAUCAUAGGCAAAACAGAUUCCUAGAAUGUGAGCUGAUGCUGAAAUCUUCCGUAGAUAGUAAAUUAAGUAUAACAAAGCCCAGCAGCGGCCUGGUGUCCGCUUACACAGACUAUAACAGCACCUUUCACUCAAACAUGAUUGAUGUUGUUCGUUUGGCACGUCGUUCCCAACAAAAUGAUUUACGUGUUGACCUUUUGCUUCUGUGUCGCCAGAAAAACAAUUUGACACGGCUGCUGUGGAAAUGAACCUGCUGAGUGCUGUGUGAGAUGGGGACGGCCUCCUCGCUGUUGCCUCGUUAGUUAAUUUAUGAUCCCGGCUUUGUUUUUUUCACAGUUACAGACCAUUGAUGACAAAUUAAACCUGAUGACUUUCAGUGUCUAACAUCAGUCUGUCCUUCUGGAGGACGGCGGGGUGGAUGUGAGAAGGCGGACUGAUCAUGACCGCAGCUGGCACUUUUAGUACAAAGUGGAGGGUUUGCUGUUAAAUUGCCCCUGCUGCCUGACAGAUGUUUGAGUGUGUCUGCUGAUUAAGGCUUCCAGCUGACCCUGUUGGACCUUAACAAGCAUGUAGAGAGGAACACUACUGCGCUGUUCUCUUCAGGGGGCCGACAUUGCUAUUUUUCCCCUAAUGAAAUAGACUUACUAUUUGAUGAAUAUCUCUUUUGGAAAUGAGCAAGGGAGAUGUGCUUGUCCCUGCAGACAUGAUACUGUGAAGCCACUGCAUGAGGCAGCCUGGACGGACAUGAUGGAGGAGGCUGCCAAUCAGCUCGAGAGAGACCAUGUGCACAAUGUCUAUGACAAGAUUGCUCCAUAUUUCAACGACAGCCGCUAUAAAGCCUGGCCGAAGGUGCGACAGUUUCUGCUGGACCUGCAGCCAGGGAGCAUCGUCGCUGACAUUGGUUGUGGCAAUGGCAAGUAUCUCCACAUCAACAAGGAGGUGUUCAAGCUGGGGUGCGAUGUUUGUCGCCCCCUAGUGGACUUUGCCUGGAGCCAAGGACACGAGGUCCAGAUGUGUGACGGGCUGCAUUUGCCUUACAGAGACGGCUGCUUUGACGCUGUGCUCUCUAUUGCAGUCAUCCAUCAUCUGUCCACCAAAGAGCGACGUAUUCGAGCAAUAAAGGAGAUGGCCCGCACCCUGCGAGUUGGUGGACGCAUCAUGAUCUACGUGUGGGCCAUGGAGCAGAAACGUCGAAAGUUUGAGAAACAGGACAUCUUCGUUCCCUGGAACCCCAACCCUUAUUCGCCCUCCGGCUUCAACAGGGAGCACGGCAAACCCAGACGGAGGGCCGUAGCUCAGAGCGUGAGCGAAGCCAUAGACAACACCGACAAGCACAGGAAGGUUAGAAGCACAUCCUCCGUGGCAGACGAAGAAGAUCUGACCUGCACCACGCCACAGCAGAGGACACAGAGACUGUGGUUCUUCUCCAGGUCUCUGGAUUCUGUGUUUGACUUUGGAAGCUUAGCCAUCUCACGGUCAGGACACGGACAGGGCCUGAUCAAGCAGGUCUCGAGCUUCUUUUCCCCGCCAUCUGUGAUCGGAUCAGAGGAGGACGUCUUUGACUCGGUCACAGACCUGCACAAGGGACAAAAUGAUCCUGGAGGCAACAACAACAACAUGGCCAACAACAACGGUACAGAAAAUCAGAGCGUCUCAUUAUCUUUAGCCCAGGAGUGUGGCUCUCUGGCCCUGCCAGACCUGGUCCCAUUCCAGAAAGAGCACCUGAAGCAGUCCGGAGAUGAAAGUGAAGCAGGGCCGCAGGGGAAAGAGCAGCAGCAAAGCACAAGGAGUCCUCAGCGGAGCGAGGGGCAGGUGGAAGGCUCCUGCCUGAGGUACUAUCAUGUCUUCAGGGAGGGAGAACUGGCAGAGCUGAUAGAGAACCAUGUUGAAGAGCUUCAUGUCAAACACACUUACUUUGAUCAUGCCAACUGGUGUGUGGUGGCAGAGAAAGUACAGUUAUGGAAAAUAUGAUUUUAACAUGUUUGUUUUUAGUUUGGAUCAACUCUGCCUCAAGUUAUAGCACUGAAUCACACAUUUGAUGAUUAUUACAGUCUUGUAAUUGAAAAGUGUGUAAAUAUACAGAUGUAGCCAUUGUUGAAGGUACAUAAAACACUAAACUAGUCCAUUGCUGCAAUCCUCUACUUAACUAUUUGGACAUUUCAAUUUUUUAGUCUAUUUUAAGUUUCUGGUAGUCCUGGAACCAGUUGUGUGACAGACCUAUUUAUAUCUAGCAUUAAAUAUUAUUUUAGAUGGUUUUGCAGCAGCAGGGCAGGAUGCACAAAGACUGACGGUGUUCAGCAAUGGUUAUCACUGUAUGUUACACCAUGUUUUUAAAUUAUUUAUUCUAUUUCAAUCCAUGAAACCAACAAGCAGUAUCCAGAUUUCCAGUUUGGGUUCUCUUUUAGUGUCAAUAAUAUGUUUUUAUUGUCAAACCACAGCAAGCUCCAGUGUUGCUAAAGAUUUAAACUAUUUUUUAAAUUAGUAUUUCUGCAAGAGAUACGUUAUUAAGGAAUGCACUGUUUUUCUCUUUGGACUUUUAAUACUAGCCAAAGAGGAAUUUGUUUGCCUACAGUAUAUUCUUCCAUCUGCUCUUAAAUGUUUAAUUCAUUGAUCAUAGUGGAAAAUGACUUACUCUAUUAUUUGUGUCUGCCUGUUUUACAGUUGCACACUUGCAGCAAGUAUUUGUUAUGGACUCUGUAAACUGCUUGUGUACCUACCAUAACAUACACAUCAUAAAGAGCUCAAAGUUGUGCAGAAUAUCUUCCAAAACAUUUGUGCAUUUGCUUGUUGCAUUUUCAAGUGUUUCAAAGGUGUUGCCAGUGUGUGUCUGUGUGCUUAUUGUUUGUAAUAGUGUAUAUCGUCUUGUUCUGAAGUAAAAAGCUGAAAUAUACCACUUGUAUAUUUCAGCAAAUCAACUGCCUCAUAUACUGUGAAUAAACAUUGCACUGUACCACAAAUAUGUCGCUGCUUGAUGUCAGUGAAUGACAUAAAAUAGGUAAAACUUGAAACAUACUGGUUAUCUGUACCCAUUGUGCCAAGGGUGGUGCAUAAUCCAUAUCAGUACAGAAUGUGUGGACCAACUGUUUGUUCAGAAGUGACACUGGUACCUUAAUGUCUUAU